UCUAAACACCAAUUUAUUGACAAUUUCAAUAAUAAGGACCACCAACGUAAUUUUACUCAAAACUAAAAAACAAGUGUUUAUUGCUUGCUCCCACAGUUCCACUGUUUCCAUUCUAGAGGCGCGCGAGAGAGGAGAGAGACGUGAUGGAGUUCAAUCCAACGCCGACACAUUACGGCAACAGAGGCGCUGGCGGUAAGUUCAAAAAACCGCCGGCGAGGAAACCUUCGGCGACACCGUACGAUCGUCCACCGUUGAACCAGCAAAGUCGGAGUAGCUGGAUAUCGAAACUUGUUGAUCCGGCUUACCGUAUAAUAUCCGGCAGCGCCAAUAGGAUUCUACCGUCGUUUAUCACGAAUACGAUUGCUUGCAAUCCUCCUCCGCUUGAACUGAUUGACGGUGAUUUAGAAGAUCCAGCAAUACAAGAUGCAGAGAAUGACAACAAAUGUACUUCAAGUUAUAGAUCUACUGAAGGAAAGGAAGAUAAUCCAAGUUUGGGGAAAUUAAAUGGGAUCUCCGAAGCAGAGAAGCUGGAAGAAGAGAAACCAAAGAGUUCCAAAUCUACUGAAGAAACGGAAGAGGAUCAAAGUAUGGAGAAAUCAAAUGGAAUCUCCGAACCAGAGAAGCUGGAAGAAGAGAAACCAAAGAAUUCCUCUGAUAUUACUGAAAUUUCCAGAAUUGAGCAGCUUAUGCAGGGGAAAUCAUUUUCGCGGGAUGAGAUAAUGCGUUUGACGGAGAUAUUAAACUCAAGGGUUGUCGAUGAAAAAGAAAAUAAAGCUAGCAGAGCAGCUGAAGGAGAAAUUGGAAGGUUUCAUUUAACACAUGAGACACCUAGAAGACCAAAUGACAGGAAGCACGAUGAAACAGACUUUGCUAUGCCAGGAACUUCAACACCUCCCCAAACAAACGUACGAGAUGAAGUUGGCGCAUCUCCCAUUGAUAUUGCAAAAGCUUACAUGGGAAGUCGUAGGUUAAGUAAGGGAAAUGAUCGUUAUGGUUUUAUAUCCAAGGGAGAAAAAGUUCAUCCACCACCAUCGCCUAAGUCGUUGAUUUGUCGGCCUGCUGCCAUGGUGCAAGAUAAGCAUGCUCAUUUUACUCCAUUGAAUCAGAGAGGAUAUGGGCAUGUUGAUUUUCCGAGGACUCCAUACUCCAGAACUUUAUUGCCGAAAUCCAGAGAUGGGACUCAGUCACAGACUGGCAGCAGGUGGCUAGAUCCCUCAGCGACACCCUUCCAACAAUCGCAAUCAUCAAUCUACAGCCAGGAGAAGACUAGGACUGAUUUACAUCUUCCAAGCUAUGGAUCUGUGGGACCGAUCCGGCGCAUACGGAAUAAAUUUGGCUCAGAGUCGCGCCCUAGGAGAUCCAUUUUCCUGAAUUCAACCAAUGCUUCUUCACCUUUAGAAAAAGUUGGUGCUUCUAAAUUGUUCUUGCCUGCUGUUGGUACGAAUAUGGAAGUUGGUCAAACUAGUGGUGUCGAGAAGUACCAGUCAGUGGAUCAUAGAGUAGGCAGGUCUGAAGAAGCUAUGCCGCACAUAAGCUCGUCAAAUGAGGCUGUUAGAAAAAUAUUAGAGCAACUUGAUAGACACAAGCCCACUCCUGCAGAAAAGGCAGCUGAAUUGAAGCUGGUCAGCGAAUGGAAGAAAUUUCCUAGCAAAGAAAUCUCUGAUUCCGCUCCAAAAGGUAAAAUGAAAUCAUCAAAUUUAGGAGAAUUUGGCAUGCGUAUGAACAAUGGUCUGGCAUCUUCCCAAUCAUCCAAGGAAGGAGACAAAGGAAUGGUCAAUCAGGUGGAAAUAUCUCAGGAGCGAACUAUGCGUGAAGCUGACACUGGUACGGAUGCUAGUGCUAAAGCUGCUAGUAUAGCUAAUGUGUUUGUUACAACAACUAAAGCCGAUACUGUGCCUGCCUUCACUUCUAAGGGUGCUGUUUCCCAAGUUAAAAGUUUCUUUUCUGGUUCUCACACUCCAAGUUUGCGCAAGGACUCCAUAGGUACUGAUGAUGGACAGAAAGAUAAAGGUGCUACCCCCCGGUGGCCUUUCCAUAAUCAAAGUAAUGGACAGAAUGCUGAAACAUUAUCCAACUCCAGGCGUUUUGAGCUACCAAGAAAUGCUCCUGGACAGGCUUCUGGGGCAAAACCUAAUUUGCCGUCCAUUUUCGUUAAUAAGCCCAAUCUUAGAAAUGCAGCUUCCCCCGACAAUGGGUUUGGCUUCAGUUUUCCAGUCCCUGCAUCAUCUGGUGCAGUCUCAGAACCACCAACACCGUCCAUCGUGCCAUCUUCUGCAGCCGGCCUCUCUCAGCCGGUGGAUGCAUCCACUUCUCCAGUAUACAGCUUCGGCACUGGUAAAUCAGCUGAACGCCUAGUCUUCUCUUUUCCCUCCACGAGCAAUUCAUCUGUCAAGGCGGAUGCUUCAGAUCUCAAGUUUAGCUUUGGAACAGACAGGACAUCAAGAUUAUCUUUUGGUGCGAUAGGAAAAACAACAUGCUAGUUGAAGCUUUUUCCAGCUGGCGGAUCCACCCAACGAUCGAAACUGUUUCAUAAUUUUUUGUGUUCACCUAUAUUUUUAGGUUAUCGAUACUUGUUACAGCUUUCAUUUUAGGAUGGAUGAAUACCUGAUAUUAAAAGUUUUAGUAGACACAACUGCUGAUUGACGAGUUUCCUGGUGCUUCCUUCUUUAUGAAAGCUGAAUUGAUCCUUUGUGAAAUCGACUAUCCAUGUGGAGGGGUUGGUUGUUUUAGCUAGUUAUAGAUUAUCAUUAGUUGAUUUUAUUUCAAA